GGUGAACUCCGUCUCAACUCUCAUCUCUCUCUCUCUCUCUCAUCUCUCUCUCUGUACGUUUCAGAAUUUUCCUAUUCAAGAAAACUAUCUUACCCACUCCGUUUCUCUGUCCCACUUCGUAUUUUCUACUUUUUGUUCAGAAUCCCUUUCUUGUAAAAGCUUGAUUCUUUUUGUAUUCCGCUGAAAUAAUUGUUGGUGGCUUGCCCUUUCUGCUUCUUGCUACUACGUUGAAAUUGGUGCCUGACUUAGCUCAAGAGAAUUUUAUAAUUUUGUGGAACUCGUAAGAAAGUCCAUUGUAAUAGUGCAACAACUUGUCUGAAAUUUCUGCAGUUGGGAAGCUAUAGAACCUUGCCGAACUAACUUGAUAGAAUCCCUGGAAAGUUGACAACCUGUUCUGCAAUGGACUUGAAAGCUAUAUCAUGGGUUGGAAACAUAUACCAAAAGUUCGAAACUAUGUGUUUGGAGAUGGAAGAGGCUAUGUACCAGGACACUGUUAAAUAUGUCGAAAAUCAGGUGAACACUGUUGGUACGAAUGUCAAGAGAUUCUAUUCAGAGGUGCUGCAAGAUGUUCAACCUCAAUAUAACAUUGAUCCUGUGAAAGUCGCAGCUGCUGACUUGUCUCUGAACCCUUAUGCUCACUAUGAAAUUGACAAGAAGCUGAAAGCAAACCUUAAGAGAAGCACUAGAGGAUUCAGUAACAAAUUAAAUGAUGACACUCAAGUGAUCAAGGGGAAAAACAAAAGCGGAGGAGUCUAUAAACGUCAAAAUGGUGGAAUCAAAGAAAUUGUUAGAGACAGCUAUCCAACUAAGAAAUCUGAUGCUAUCUAUCUUGCAUCAGGGGAUGCAAUAAAAUUAUCUUCAAGUGCUGAGGUUAGAGGUGGUUUUGAAAUGGCAUCUGACCAUGUAACUCUGACUUCAGCUCUGGCCUCGGUUAAAGGAUCUGACUAUGGAGAAACGGCAAGUAAAAUUUGUGACCACACUAUAGAAACUAAUGUGCCAGCAGCUGGUACUUCAACUAAUUCUUCGGCUUCUGUCAAGACGUCAGUUGAAUCCGUUGGGAAGAAGCCAGCAGAUACAUGUACAAAGGAGUUGGCUUGUAAUACAACAACUGAAAUUAGCACUAAUGUUCGGAACAAUGAGUUAGCUACUGCGAAGAUCAAUGGGUCUCAUGAAGAAAGGUCAGAUAAUUUGUCUUCUGCUAUGUCCAAGUAUGACAUUAAUGAAUCGGAAGUGGAAUUUGUUGAGAAAUUUGACGAAUCCCAGUUGGAGGAAACAUGUGUCAUGGUUGAAGGGGACGGGAUUCAUGUUCCGAAGGGCCCAGUCAAACAGAAGUCGUACAAGAAGAAGCUUCGGGAGGCAUUCUCCACGAGAAAGAGGUUGACAAGGAAAGAGUAUGAACAACUUGGAGCACUAUAUGGAGAUCAACAGUUUAACCAAGAAGCUGAAGACAAGGUGAUGCCUGUUCUUGCCAUGAAUUCAAACACUAAGAAGUUAUCUGCUAAUGAUCAUCCUGAAUCUGAGUGGGAGAUUCUGUAGUUAUGAUGAUGUGUAAAUAGUAUUGUUGCUUUUCCAAUCACUGCAUGGCGUCCUUGAGAAACAAAUAUUGAGAGAUGAUGCACCAAUUAUUGAUAUUAUAAGCCCAUUAAUUGCUUUAUAAAAUUAUAUAAGGUAUCUAUAAUCCGUUCCUCUAGUAGUGUAACCAGUAAAUAAUGUGUAGUGGUACCUUGAAGAAACCAACCUAUAUCUGAGGUAUGGCCAUCUUGUAUCCAAUCUUGGCAACCUAUAUCUGAGGUAUGGCCAUCUUGUAUCCAAUCUUGGCAUUCUUAUAAAUUACUAAGAUGUAUGAAUACUUUUUUAAGUA